AUUAAACACGAUUAAACAUUGUGCAUUUGUUCUCUCGGAGCAUUUUGAGCAAUUGUCCGUGCUGCAGAAGCGCAUUAACAUGAGUUUUCUUGUCUUGUGUGGCUGAUAGCAGAGCCCAAAGGUCAGGCGUCAAGUGCACGCUGAUCAUGGAUAUAUUUAGAGAUUAACCGCACACUGAGCUUCAGGCUUUGAAUUUUUAAAUAGUAUUAUUUUUUUAAAGACUUCAGUCCUCUGAAUGUCUACGGUUUCGACAGGCUUUUUAACCCUCUCAAUUCAGUGCUUGUUAGCUUCUGCUUCAGCCUGACAUUAUUAAAACUCAAGUUAGUUAGCCAUUGAAAGAGUUCUCAGAAUCCACUUACGUAAGAUAAAUAAAAUCACACUUAGUUUCUAUUUUUCUGUUGAAGCCAAGCAAACUGAGAAAAAUAAAAUGUCUUGCCCUAAUGUUAUUCUAAACCUGUACAGAAAAAUACCCAGUGCAAUGUAAAGUGACUGUCCUUCUGUCUAAUAAUAGCUACACAUUCAUAUGGGUUUAGAACAACAUGGGUGAGUAAACAAUAACAGAUUUUUUUUUUCUGCCUGAACUAUUUCUUUAAAAUAGUAAAUUUUGUUUGUACAGCUUUAUAGAAAUUCAUGAUGUUAAUGAUGUCAGUAGGCCUAUCUUAUCAGAUUAGAGAUGGUUGGUGUUAUAGUUUACAUGCGAAUACAAACAAUCAGUUAGUUUAGAUUUGCAAUAUAAAAAUCACUUUACAUGAGUAUACUGUAUGUGUUAGGGAUGGGACGGUUCUCUGAAAAAAAAAAAACCGAACCGUUCGGCACGCGCUAUGGGACUGCGGUUCAACUUAAAUCUGACAAAGCAUCUGUAACAUGGUUUGCUAUAAAUAACACGUAAUGCAAACAGGGUUCAGCUAAUCUAUGUUUCUGUUGAUGGAUGGAUGCGCAGUCAUUUAUUCCGUCAUCACUCGGCUACUGAUAGCGCGCGCAACAGUUUAACUAAUAGAGGCCUGGCGUAGAGUUCAACUAAUGAAAAAUGGCCAACACUGCCAAUGAAGUGAAUGUCCAUCAGAAACUCCGGAAAUGUGGCUCCAUCUAUGAACCCCUUAAGCUAUCCACACUGCACCGGGAGGAUGAGCCCCUUUGGGAGAAACUUGACCGCUUCUAUAUUGCAGUGAAGGGCACCAUUCUGAAUUAUCAGAGCCCUACCACUGGUCUGUUCCCAGUGAAGACCGCUUCCACCUGUAAGGAGGCUAAAGUCAGAGACUCCCUGUACUGCGCUGCCAGUAUCUGGGCAUUGGGAUUGGCAUACAGGCGCAUCGAUGAUGACAUGGGCCGCACUCAUGAACUGGAGCACUCUGCCAUCAAGUGCAUGCGGGGGAUUUUGUACUGCUACAUGCGGCAGUCUGAUAAGGUGGAAAAGUUUAAGCAGGAUCCGAGUCCGUCCACAUGCCUCCACUCAGUAUUCAACGUGCUGACUGGAGAUGAGAUUUUCUCAAAUGAAGAGUACAGCCAUCUACAGAUUGACGCCAUGUCUCUCUUUCUGUUGUACCUGGUUGAAAUGAUUUGCUCUGGCCUACAAAUAAUCUACAAUACAGAUGAGGUAUCGUUCAUCCAGAAUCUGGUGUUCUGUGUGGAGAGAGCGUAUCGUGUGCCAGACUUCGGCAUGUGGGAACGAGGAAGCAAGUACAACAAUGGUAGCACAGAGCUGCACUCCAGCUCAGUGGGACUAGCCAAAGCUGCUCUGGAAGCCAUCAAUGGAUUCAACCUGUUUGGAAAUCAGGGAUGCUCCUGGUCAGUCAUUUUUGUGGAUCUGGAUGCUCAUAACAGGAACAGACAGACUCUGUGCUCUCUCCUGCCGAGGGAGUCUCGGUCUCAUAACACAGAUUCGGCCCUCCUGCCCUGCAUCAGCUACCCAGCGUUCGCCGUGGAUGAUGAUGCUCUGUAUUCCCAGACCCUGGACAAGAUAGUCCGCAAGCUGAAGGGCAAGUACGGCUUCAUGCGCUUCUUACGGGACGGCUAUAGAACAGCCAAUGAGGACAAGAACCGCAAGUACUACAAACCUGCCGAGAUGAAGCUCUUUGACGGGAUUGAGUGCGAGUUUCCUCUUUUUUUCAUCUAUAUGAUGAUUGAUGGUGUGUUUAGGGGAAAUCCUGCUCAAGUCAAAGAGUACCAGGAACUGCUAGAGGCUGUCAUCUUCCAGUCCUCUGAAGGCCACGUCGUUAUUCCCAAGUAUUACUAUGUGCCGGCAGACUUUGUUGAGGCUGAACAGAAGAAUCACGGCAGCCAGAAGCGCUUUCCCAGCAACUCAGGGCGUGAUGGGAUGCUGUUCCUCUGGGGACAAGCCCUCUAUAACAUUGCUAAGCUUCUGGUGGAUGGUUUGAUCAGGCCAAAGGACAUCGACCCCAUCCAUCGCUAUGUGCCGCGGGAGGAUCAGAGGAACGUCAGCAUGCGAUUCUCCAAUCAAGGUCCCAUUGACAACGAUGUGGUCAUUCAUGUGGCCCUGAUAGCAGAAAGUCAAAGAUUGCAGGUCUUCCUCAACACCUAUGGCAUCCAGACUCAGACCCCGCAGCAAGUGGAGCCCAUUCAGAUCUGGCCCCAGAAAGAGCUGGUGAAGGCUUACCGCUUCCUUGCCAUCAAUAAGAAGCUCGGAUUGAGUGGGAGACCGGAGAGACCUGUUGGCUGCAUUGGCACUUGCAAGAUUUAUCGAAUCCUUGGAAAGACUGUGGUCUGCUAUCCAAUUGUCUUCGAUCUUAGCGACUUCUACUUGUCCCAGGAUGUCAUGCUUUUGAUAGAUGAUAUUAAGAAUGCUUUGCAGUUUAUUAAGCAGUACUGGAAGAUGCCAGGCCGGCCUCUCUUUCUAGUACUUAUCAGAGAGGACAACAUUAAGGGAAGCCGUUUCAACCCGAUACUGGACAUGCUGGCAUCUUUUAAGAAGGGAAACAUUGGAGGAGUCAAAGUUCACGUGGACAGACUUCAGACCCUGAUUUCAGGUGCUGUGGUGGAACAAUUGGAUUUCCUUCGUGUCAAUGAGGCUGAGAUCCCAGAGUUUAAGAGCUUUGAGGAGCUGGAAUUGCCCAAGCACUCGAAAGUAAAGCGUCAAACCAGCACCCCGAAUGCCUCGGACCUGGAGCAGCAGCCGGAGAUCAACGUUGAGGAAUGGCUCCAUAAAUCCACAUUUGAGAUUCUACAGAAAUUCAAUGACUGUGACUGUCUGGCCAGUCAGGCCCAGCUGGCAAGUAUUCUCCUCAGAAAAGAAGGCCCUGAAUUCUUCAGUAGAAAUGAGAAUCUUAAAGAUGACAUGGAGAGAAUCUACAGAAGAGCAGGCAGCAGGAAGCUUUGGUCCGUUGUGCGCCUUGCUGCCAGUCUCUUAACUAAGCUAGUGGACAGCCUUGCACCGAGCAUUACUAGCGUUUUAGUGCAUGGCAAGCAGGUGACUCUCGGCCUGUUUGGGCAUGAAGAGAUCGUGAUCUCUAACCCCCUGUCUCCAGGGGUGAUUAAAGACAUCAUAUACAGCAAGUGCAGCCCCCAUGGCGAGCGAGAGGCCGUGCUGCAGCAGGAGCUCGUCAUCCACAUUGGCUGGAUCAUCUCCAACAACCCAGAGCUGUUCAGUGGCAUGCUGAAGAUCCGUGUGGGAUGGAUUGUUCAAGCCAUGAAGCACGAGUUGAAGAUUCGUGCUGGGGACAUGCCACCUCAGGACAUCUACCAGAUGUCCCCGAGUGAUGUCAAACAGCUCCUGCUGGAUGUCCUCCAGCCUCAGCAGACUGGCAGAUCGUGGCUCAAUAGACGUCAGAUCGAUGGCUCGCUCAACCGCACCCCUCUCGGCUUCUAUGACCGUGUUUGGCAAAUCCUGGAGAGAACACGGAAUGGCAUCACGGUUGGACGAAAACAUCUUCCUCAGCAACCUACUCUGUCAGAUAUGACCAUGUAUGAAAUGAAUUUUUCCUUGUUGGUGGAAGACACAUUGAAGAACAUUGUUUUGCCCGAAUACAGGCAGAUCAUUGUGGAGCUGUUGAUGGUGGUGUCAGUUGUGCUGGAAAGAAACCCAGAGUUGGAUUUUCAGGAGGCUGUGGAUUUGGACUGGCUGGUUAAGGAUGCUUUUGCAGACUUUCAGAAAGACCGCAGCAGACUGGAUGGCUCUGAGAAACAGGAUAACAUGGAGGCCUUCUACAACACACCAGCCCUGGGGAAACAAGGCACAUGCAGUUACCUGACCAAGGCAGUAAUGAUCCAGCUGCUGCAGGGAGAGAUGAACCCCAGUAAAGAUGACCCAUGUUCUGUCAGCUAACGCACCACACACUCCUGUCAGCAUUACUUCGACUGCAAUACAAGCCCAGUCUUGCUAACAUUCGAUUGUUUUUGUCUGGGAUAUAUUAUAUAGUAUAUAAAUAAAAAUAUAUAUAUAUAUAUAUCCAUAUUUGCAUCUAUUUUAAAAACACAGUUUACAUCUUGUGUAAGAACCAUUAAAGAAUAACCUCAUGCCUCAUUUUAAACUAUUAAUUAAAGGUCAAAAUGUCCCCUAACAUCAUACAGUAAAGUUCUGAACUAACGGCAUGUCAUUAUUUCAGGAUGUGGAUUGAAUAGAGCAUUGUAGAUGUUGUUGGUUAUGAGCAUAAAAGUGAAUCUAGAAGCUGUUGUGCAAGUGUCUUUAUUUUGAAAAUUGAUUAUGUAGUAUACAAAUUCAUCUUAACUUUAUGCAGUUUGUAUUUCAUUUUGAGCUUGUUGUCAGUUUGCUUCCAAGCAUGUGACUUAGUCAAUAUAUCUCGUGUCACUUGCCUUUAUGUAUGUUUGAGUGGUAUGAAAAUUGUUGGAAUGUUUUCACUGUAAGAACAGUAUUUUCAGUCCAUUAUUACUUAAGGAAAAUAUAUAUUGAAAAAUAAACUGUCCGUGUUUUAACUUGA